CCUACUCUUGCACACUUUUCUUGUUCCCUAAGCUGGUGCGCACACCCCUUCCAUUUUACUGCGUUUCCAAUCUUGCGCAGUGGAUCAAUCAGAAUAAAGAAAAUUUCUAUAUCGACCGUCGCUAAGCUUUAUCAAGCCGGAUCAAGCUGCGGCCCAGAGGUGUGCAGGAGUAAGUCCUUCGAGAACUACAUGUAGGUACAACAGAGAACCAUUGGGAACUGGGGACUAGGGCCCAGGUAUAUUUCAAAUUCAAAUUUAAAAUAAGCUGGGUUUUGAAUCAUUGCACGCGGCAUAUUUGAAUUAAAUCGAAGCCAUCUUAAACCUUAUUUGUAGUACAUAGUAACAAUUUGCUAUCUACUAUACCAUGUAUAGUACGUACCAUGUAACCUAGGUAAUGAAUAAACAAGAAUUGUUAUCGAUGUAAUUCCCAACUUGCAAUUGUGAAAACAUUUCCGAAUGUUUAGAAGUAGAUAAUUAUUCGUGUAAAUAUUUUGUGAUUUAUCUUUAUCAUGUCCGAUCAAGCAAAGAAUUUAUUAACACUGUAUUACGGUCUUAACUCUAAAGUAACUGCUACAAAGUUUUUGUCUAUUCACAAAUCUAUUGAUAAUAUCAAAAGCGGAGAAGUGAGACAGUUUACUGAACAAACAUCUGUCACCACUAACGAAGAGAACAUAUCUGAAGAUGAGUGUCAGAAAAAUACUGACGACGUUCGGAAAUUGAGUAUCGAGAGCGAGAAAUGCCAAAGGUCAUCAAGAGCUUUCAAUAAUAUAGAAAAUGCCUACGAUUCCGAGGAGAGUUCGAUUAUUUGUGAAAUCGAUUCAGAACAAAAUGUGGGGCAUAACGCUAAUGAAAAUAUCGAAUUUGGAGCAGAUCGUGCUGAAUUUUCAAAUACUGUUCCUGUCUUCGUUACAAAAGAGGGUGGUCAUAAAGAGACAAACGGAAGUAACUCGAGUCUAUCGUUUGCCGAGGAUACAUUACCAGAUGUCUCCGAUGCAUCUGGUUUUACAUUGAAAAGAUCGCAGAGAUCUUCAAAAACUGGUUCUCCUAUGCCACCAGCAACAAAAAUAGUACCUAUCUGCAACGAAACAUUUGCAGAUUUCUCCGGCAUUAAUUUAAAACAAUUCCCAAAAGAAAUAUUAAAUGAAUUUUCACAAUUGAAGAUGCUAUAUCUGAGUAACAAUGAUUUAAUCGAACUCCCAGAUGAAAUUUUCACAUUUUUAAGACAUCUUAAAUGGUUGGAUGUCAGGAAUAAUCAAAUUUCUUCAUUACCAAAUAGUAUUGAAUCACAUCAAUGUAUAGAAACCCUUCUCCUUCAGGCUAAUAAUAUACAGGAGUUACCAAUAGAAUUAUGUACUUUGCCAAAAUUGAAAACGCUUCAGGUAGCACAAAACCCACUUAUUGUACCAUCAAAGGAUAUUGUAGCCUCAGGAAUUACAUCGAUCUUGACAUUUUUAAGAUUAGAAUGGAACAAAAUUCAUCCAGAUCAUCAAAUAGAAUCUAAGGAAUACAAAAUUGAGCCAAAGUUAUCAACUAUUCUUUGUUAUCAAUCUCCAAGAAAGACGAAAACAAAGACUGUAACUUCCAGAAUUCAAGUUCACAACAAAAAUACGUCUAUCAGGGAGAAAUGCAAGACUUAUAAACCUAGUAACAGGUAUUCCACUGAUAAAUCGACUACUUCGUUGAACAGUUGUUUAUUUAAAAAAAAUUCAACUAUCCUCUGUGACACCUGUUUGCAAAAAGGAGUUGGUACCAGAAUAAAUGAAAAGUCAGAGAACACGUACAAACAGUCAAAAUAUACAUGCUUGAAAGCAACGAAUGAUCACAGAAGUAAGAUAGACAGUUGUUUUGAUACUGAUACCGACGAUGUCGGUAAUAAGAUGUUACGAUUAAUAGGUCCAUCAUCAAGGUCCCUUUAUGUGAGACAAAAUGUUAGGGCAUUAAAAACAUAUUAUAAAUUUGUACAGAAUGAUUGUAGAGUUAAAUCAGCUGCUGACAACUUCGUGUGCUUUGUACCUUUAAAAGCAGAGAAAUCUUAUUCAUUGGAGGAAAAUCAUAAGAAAUAUGGUAAUACUGGAAAUGUUGAUCACUGUUUUAAUAUUAUUACAAAUGAUGCAAAAAGAUUUAAGUUGUAUCCAAUGAGAGUAAACAAUCCGGACUGGAUGUUGUCGUGUUUAAAAAAUUAUAUAGGAUUACACGAAUAACUAAUAAAAGAUUAUGUAUGAAUAAGAUCAUAGUUAUGUAUCUAGAAAUAGACAAUUUAAGAAAAAUAAAAGUUUUUUUUAAUUAUGAA